AUGGCGGCGCCCUUUGCCGUACAGGGCCGCUCCCGGGAGGGCCCAGCAAAGAUGGCGGCGCCCUUGGCCGUCUUAUUAACCCCCCAAAACCCCCCCAGGGCUGAGCAGGUCCUGGUCGUGCUCCUGGAGGUGCCCCGGGAGCAGUUCGAGGUGGGGCUGAGCCCCCCCGUGAGGGAGCGCCUGCAGUACCUGGACGUUUUUGGGGACCCCUGGGCUGGCUGGGCCCAGACCCCCUGUUCCGGCUGGGGGUCUGGGGGCUCCUGGAUGGGAGUUCCCCGGGGGUCCCGGACGCUGGUUCUGGACUCCGCUCAGUUGGUUGGUGCUGAGGGAGCCCCUCCCAAAAUCUGCCGGGACCUGGGGGCUCCUGGGGCCUCAAACGCCCGUGUCCUGGCACUGCUGCACGAGGACCUGCACCUCCUCAUUCGGGCCCUGGGGGCCCUCGCCAAGACCCAGCUGGUGUUGCUCAGACACCCCAGAGAAAAGGGGGUCUGGCAGCAGGAUGAGACGUUCACCCUCCAGCCUGACGGGUCCCUGCACUGCCUGGGGGUGACCCCCCAGAAUGACCACGGGGACCCCCCCCAAAAUCCGGGGGUCUCCCCCGAGCCGGGGGUCGCCCCCCUCACGUUCCGCCUGGGGCUGUCGGCGGCCGAACGGGGGGCCCGGGCGGCCGUGACCCCCCCGUACCUGCUGAGCCCCCCCACCCCCCCUGAGGACCCUGAGGACUUCGAGGACCCCGAUGAUGACCUGGAUGUGUGACCGGCCCCCCACACUGCCCUUCAAAGUUUGGGAGUCCCUGCCCCCCGAAUUUGGGACCCCAAUAAAGGUUCUGCACCUCCCUUA